CUAGACGCAGCACGUGGGGCUUUGUGUGUUGCCCGCGUGUGUGUUCGCCCUUCUUCUGGAGGGAGCUGAGCCCGAGGGGACAGGGUAGUCGUCACUCCACCGAAAAGGCUUUUCAACUGAUCAGUAACAUUUCACCAGCGUGAAAUAAUGACGGCCAUCACUUCACCACGAGACAAGUAUAAUGCUGUAUGGAUUAUAUUUUUUAUCCUGGGACUGGGGACCCUUCUGCCAUGGAACUUCUUCAUGACUGCCACCGUGUACUUCACCGACCGUCUCCGUAAGAACCAGACCGUCAAUGGCACUAUGAAAGAGGGUGAGGAGCGUAACGUCCUGGAAUCAACAUUCAACAAUGUGAUGACCCUGUGUGCCAUGGUGCCUCUGCUCAUUUUCACCUGCCUUAAUUCCUUCAUUCAUCAGAAGAUUUCUCAGAAACUGAGGAUCUCCGGCAGCCUCUCUGUGAUCCUGGUGGUGUUCCUGAUCACUGCAGUGUUGGUAAAGGUGGACAUGGACCCCAAGACCUUUUUCACCCUCACCAUGAUCAAAAUCGUCUGCAUCAACUCUUUUGGUGCGAUUCUGCAGGGGAGUCUCUUUGGUCUAGCAGGGUUGCUUCCAGCUUCCUAUACUACUCCAAUCAUGAGCGGCCAGGGCUUCGCCGGAACAUUCGCAGCCUUUUCCAUGAUCUGUGCACUUGCCAGUGGCUCAGCACUGCAGAACAGUGCUUUUGGCUACUUCAUCAUUGCCUGUGUUGCAAUUAUUCUGGCCAUCAUUUCUUACUUUGCCCUGCCCAAAAUGGAAUUUUUCAAGCACUAUGCUUGCGCCAGGAGCCCUGACAUUUGCAAUGAUGAGGAAAACAAGAUGGCCAUGUUGAACAAAGAAAACUCCGGUGAGACGAGGGCAGUAGUGAAUCUGACUGAGGAGGAGCCCACGCAUACCAACUCUGUGAUUGCCAUCUUUAAAAAGAUUUGGGUGAUGGCCCUUUCAGUGUGCCUUGUCUUCACCGUCACUAUUGGAAUAUUUCCUGCUGUGACUGUAGACGUCAAAUCCCAUGGGGAAGAAGGCGGUGAUUGGAAUAAAUACUUCAUCCCCGUGUUCUGUUUCUUGCUCUUCAACUUGAUGGACUGGUUUGGACGAAGCUUAACUGCAAAGACCACAUGGCCUGGUAAAGACAGCAUCUGGCUGCCUGUCCUGGUGCUAGCUCGUCUCGUAUUCGUCCCCCUCUUCAUCCUGUGCAACGUGCGGCCCAGGUACAACAUUCCCGUCCUGUUUAAUCAUGAGGCCUGGUACAUCGUCUUCAUGAUCAUCUUCUCCUUCAGCAACGGCUAUCUCGCCAGCCUGUGCAUGUGCUUCGGACCCAAGAAAGUGUCUCAGCACGAAGCAGAGACAGCAGGGGCAAUCAUGGCCUUCUUCCUGUCCUUGGGUCUGGCGAUGGGAGCUGCACUGUCUUUUGGAUUCAGGGCAAUGAUCUAGAACCUUUUACCUUUAACCUUUUACCUAAUGUCUUCUAGGGUGAAAGACAGAAACAUUGCAAACCUGGUAAACUUUGUCAUUUGGAAACACAUGGAUUUCCUAUUCACUUCAGUCCUGGUUCAACCAAUCAGAAAAACUUUUUCAUUCAGAAGAACAUGAACUCAUUGAAACCUUCAGUUUACAAACCUUAAACAGACAUUAUAGAAAAAACAAAAAAAAAGUGUUUGAUCAAAUGCCAAAAGAACAUUGUAUUAGCUUGUUUUAUUAGCUUAGUUUAUUUUUUUUAGAGUAAUAGAAGUAUUAUUUUUUUCAAUGUGUUGUAUUUUAUGCUCUUAUUUUUUUAUAUUUAACAGUGAUUAUUUUAAUAUGUACUAAUACUAAACAAAAACUUUGCUAAAAGGGUAAACGCUGCUGUAUCGGGGCUUAUGCUGAUGAAGAACCAGACACCGUGUUUAGUAACUACGUGUGGUCAGUUAAAACCAUAGAAUUAUUUUUAAUUGAAUAUUUUAUUUAUUUAUUUUAUUUUUUUGAGUAAUAAAUGAAAGAAUUUGAGUAAUGAGGAGAUGGCAUGGUGGUGUAGUGGUUAGCACUGUCGCCUUGCACCUCCACGGUCCGUGUUCGAUUCCCGUGUCUGUGUGCAUGGAGUCCUGCGAUGGGUUGGCCCCCUGUCCAGGGUGUAUCCUGCCUCAUGCCCCAAGUCUCCUGGGAUAGGCUCCCCCUUAUCUUUUUAACAGUCUUUUAUAACGACCAAGACCUAUUGUGCAUCGUAAUUAUAAUCUAAGACAGAAAAAAAAAACCUAUCCCUUUAAUUCAAUAGUUUUUUAUUAAGACUAAUGUACAGUAUAUAUUGUAAGACCUUGUUGUCUCCAGUCUGCCUGAAAUUUCUUACAAGCCUCCCGAGAUUGUAGUUUUGAAUCCUAGUUAUGCAAGGUGUAUUUAACACAUUUACCAGUGUUGUUUUUUUUUUCUAUUUCGUGUGUACUCGUGUUCUAAGCACACAUGCUGUUUAGAUUUAUUAGAUAAAGAUUCAGGGUAAAAGAACAGUGUGCUGCCUUAAUAGAUGCCCUUUAGUUUCCUCAUGGUUUGCAUUGUUGUGUUGACUUGGUGGCUCUUGGCUUGAGUGCAUUCAAUAAAGCCUGAGCGGAAUUCUCUAAA